CGCCCUCGCCCGCCGAGCCGGGAAAUCCACCGCGCGCUACACGCUCCGCUCAGUCCGAGUUUGUCGCCGUUGCGCAGUGCCGUGUUACAGUCGCGCGCCUCGCUAAGCUCGCGUACCUUACGCCGAUACUCUCGCAGCGCCUAGCGCCGGAUCGCGCGCGUUUCCCCGGUGAGCUCGUGCCGUUCCCCGAUGUCGGCAGGUGCGGGCGGCGGCAUGCUGCCCGCGCUGGCGCUGUUGCUGCUGCUGGCGGCGCCGGUCGCUGCGCGCCGGCAUGCGCCUGACUUGCGCGAGGAUGAACCUGCUCGCCGUACGACACGUCCCGCCGAAUGUCAGUUCGGCAAACAAGCAAAGGAGCUGGGCUCGACGUGGUUCGCGGACCUCGGCCCGCCCUUCGGGGUCAUGUACUGCAUCAAAUGUGAGUGUAUUUCGGUGCAAAAGAAGCGUCGUGUGGUUGCCAAAGUGCAUUGUCGGAACAUCAAAAACGAAUGCCCGGAGCCUUCGUGCGAUACUCCGGUGCUGCUGCCGGGGAGAUGCUGCAAGACUUGUCCGGGAGAUGUCGAUUCGCCCGAUAUCGUGCAGGAGGACAGUCCGACCGUCGUCAUCACAGGCGGUGAGGAGGAGGAGCUUAGCAUGAAACAUUUUGGAGCUCUACUAACUGGACGGUCACCUCUGUGUAUACGUCGUGAUGAUAUGACAGGGGUGGCAGUUGCCCCCGGAGUGGCCACAGCUCGGUUCACAUUCAGACGUCGUCAUCUGUUCUGGUCCGUACUCCUGGGACCAUCUAUCGUAACGCAACCUCGCUCGCUAGCCUUCCUCGAUAGAGGAGGAAGAAUGCUACUCGAACACCCAUUAAAAAGAUCACCCGGAAUUCAUGCGACUUACGAAGAAAAAACUGAUAAGCUGUGCGGCGUAUGGCGCCGAGUACCGCGGGAGUACAAGCGAUUGCUAAGAGAUGGGUCUCUGUACGUGGCCUUGAUCUGGGGCGACGAGCGGAAUAACUCCAUGGACAAGGCUUUAAGUGGACGAAUUAAUAGAUAUCCAGCACUAUCAACGGAGAUGUUCACAACACUAUUAGAACCAGAACAUCCACCGGCCUCUAUUGGUAACGGCGCCUGUGACGACUACCGGACCCUGGGGCAGGAGGGCGGCUGGUGGGGUGGCACUGCCAUUGUAACAGGAGCCGCCGGAGCAGCGCCCAGUUUGCAUCUGGCUAUUAUCUACAAUGGAAUAUUCACCCUUAGUGCCAGAGAUCAGUCGGUUAGAGUCCUGCUGACUCUACCGGAACGAAACCAGACUAUUAUCGACGAGAUUCAAAAAGUUCCUAAGCCGGGUUACGAAAUGAACAUACUAGAAGUAUCAACGCCGGUAUCAGCCGCAGAGCUGCGUUCGUUGUCUCGUGGGAGACUUUUGCUGGCGGUGCAGGAGGUAGGCACGGUGGAGCGGCGGAUUGUGGGUCCGGUGCGACAGAAGGCGGCCUGCGAGGUGUACCACGCUUGUCUGGUCGCCGAGAGGGCCCCAGCGUCGCCUGCUCCAGAAGGCCUUGCUUUGAUAUACAUCGACAAAGAAGGGUCCCUCGUAUAUGAUAUACAGGUUGACAAUUUGGGGAUAUCAGAUCCUAAAAUAACUUUAGUCGAGGAGCAAGGCAAGCGGCACUCGCAGGUGGAGAUCCUGGACACGCGUGUGGGCGUGCUGGCGCGGCCCAGCGCGCGUAUUUUCCCGCCGCUCUACGAGGACCAACUCGCUGUUCAUAUCGGCGCUGACGCAGGACCACCGAUACUACGCGGGCGGCUGCUGUCUCGCUCUCUGCCGGACGCAGCGGGCUUGGGGCCGGCGCUUCUGCGACGCACGGACGCUCGCACGCCCACCACGCUGACCCCUAUGGCUGGCCUCGCCUGGCUCUCCGUUGACUCACUUUGCGGUAUACAGUACGAGGUGGUAGUGACUGGUGCGACUGGUGCUUGGUCGUCUUGGCUGGAGACGCAUAGCGGAAGUACGCGUGCUCUGGGCGGGGCGGAGGGCUGCGUGCUGGAGCCCGCGCCUGCCGAGCUGGCGGCAUUGCAGGCCGGCACCGCGCAUCUAAAUGUACGCGCGGCCGACAACGUCACACAACUACUGCGCACGCGCGUACCACAGAUAAGCGUGCCGCCAUCUUGUCUGCCGACGGUGCCGUGGACGUCAGACAACGAGCUGGGCGCGGGCUAUUCACCGACGCACGUGGAAGCGCCGCCGCCGGACAAUUCACUGACCAAUACUGCGUCUUGCUACUACGCCGGACGAUUCUAUGAAGAUGGCGCGCAGUGGAUGUCUACUGAGUCGUGCCAAAUGUGUGGGUGCGUGCACGGCGUGCUGCGUUGCGAUGCCGUGCGCUGCCCGCGCGUCACAUGCGCCACGCCCACCAUACAGCCGCCCGGACAGUGCUGCCCCAUAUGUACUAAUUCAACAACAGCGGUGUGGAACGAGUCGCACGGAUGCCAUCUAGCGGGUCAGUAUCACGCGCCGGGCUCCUCGUGGCACCCGUACCUGGUACCGGAUGGCUACGACUUGUGCGCUGUAUGUACAUGCGACUUCGCCACGCGCCAGGUCCGCUGUCCGCGCGUGCGCUGCCCACCCCUCCGCUGUGCCGAGAAGGACGCAUACAGACCUGACAAGAAAGCCUGCUGCAGAGUCUGCCCAGAGGAAAAAAUUAAGAAAGUGGAGGAAGAGACCCCGAAGGACCAGGGAGCGCCGCGGACAGCAGAAGAGAUCCUGGCAGAGGGCGGGUGCAAGUUCCCCGACGGGCCGCUGCCCAACGGCAAGGAGGUGCACCCCUCCAUACACUCGCAUGGCGAACAGAGAUGUGUCACCUGUCGUUGCAAGGACGGCGAGGUGACUUGUGUGCGUAAACGUUGCGGGCGUGCUGCGUGCGCGCGACGUCGGCGCGGCGACUCAUGCUGCGCGUGCGCGCGUCACCGCCGACAACGCGCCCCUCGCCCUGCGCCAAGCUGAGCGCCACGCGACUACACUAACUAAAAGCAGUAGCAACUCGUUUGUGUUACACUUCGGAAGACAUUUUUAUUCACCUAGUAGGUGAUCUUCUGGAGACACAGUUUACUUAUUAACAGCGGUAACAGAACGCCUUUGAGUCUUUAACGAGUGAACGUGACACAGAGUCGCGUUUAAUGUACUACAUACUUGCUUCAAGAUACAUUCUAACUUAAGACGGUAGAGGUAACUGACUAGUAUUAGAAGGAAGUUGGUAAAAUAACAAUUGUACGCAUAAAUAAAUCUAAGAAAAGUCUUCUUACUGGUUUAUUUUUAUCUAUUUCCUUUAUAUAACUUUGCCCAGCAUGUAGAUUGUGAAACCUUCUUCAUUUUAAAACAUUUCAAUCAGUACGUAGAGUGUACAUCUGAAUCAACAAAGUACUUUACCUUGUUUUAAACCAUUCUAGAAUAAUAUAUAUAUUUUAGAAUGGUUUGUUAUACCAAAUAAGGUAAUGUCAAGUUAACCGCCAAUAG